AUGUCAAAUAUUGCCGCUCAAGACAAGAAGUCGUCAGAUAUCAAGCUGUCAUCCAAGACUGAAAAGAUGCAAAUGGUUUUUGACGAGCUUAGGUCAAAUCGACCGAAAUCGCUCGAGAGUUGUGAUUUCCGUACAUUGCCGCUGCACAAUAGAUUUGUAUCGUUACCGAAUAUGGCCGUGCGUCUGUCGAAUGUGCUGAAACCAUCGGAGAGCAGCGAUGUCUUUAGCUUCCCGGUGAACAAGAGAUCUGCGUCUUUGCCUAAUGUGGCCGUGCGUGAAAAUUCCUCGGGCGAUGCUCCCGAAACUGGACUGUCGUUCGGUACGUCCGCGGAGUUGCCCAUUUCGACGGAUUCACCAUCACGUGCCGAAUCGUCUGUCUUGGCAUUGAUGCCACCUGCCACUCCAGAAGAUGACUGUUGGAUCAAAACGCCGUUAUCCGUCUCGUCGCGGCUGCCACCGGUAGAAGCCGGAGUAAUGGGUACGGUAACCAGCAGUGACGCGGGAACGGACAACGGUCACGCCUAG